UUCAGAUGAAGUUUCUUGUUCGUGUUGAGAGUUUGGUAUUUCCUCUCAGAUCGCAGGUCCUCCCGGCAAAUCUAACGAGCCCCACGCAGAGCUGGACGCCGCUCGGAACAAUCCCCCCCCCCCACCCCGCCUGCCCCCCGCGACCGGAGGAGCUCCUUUGCACUCUUCUUUGCACUCCUCUUUGCCCCUACGGGGAGCAGGAAAGCAUUUCCAGCUGUGGGAGAGAGGAGGAGCCUGCUGUCUCAGAGGCGCGGAGGAGGAUCAGCCAUGGGGUAGCACCAGAGGUAGGAGGCGCGGGUGGGGAGCAUGGUCGCCUACACCCUGAACCUGCGCGUCUUCUGGCCCCUGGCCGCCGCCGCCGCACUCGCCACGCUGCUGCUCCUCUACGCCUCCUCGCUUGGUGACUCCCCCUCUGUACCAGGCGGCUGCCCCGGCUGGGCCCCGGGCGUCACCCCGCUGGGCCUUGCUCUCGGUCUCGCCAUCCUCCUCCUCCUCGCCGGCUGCCGUUCCUCGCGCCCCUGGCCGGCCCGUCCAGGCCCCCCACCUGGUCCCGGGGCCCCAUCCAGGGCGGGCCCCGGCAGGAAGGAGCUGCUGGAGGACUUCUACGAGAGGCAUGUGCGCCUGUCUCCCCACGUCCUGGGCCACAGCAAGGCACAUGUGGCAGAGCUGGUGGGCGAGCUGCUGCGCGCUGGCCGUGCUCACGCCCCCCCGGAGGCCUCGCUGGCGCUACGUGGCGACUUUGUCCAGAUUGGCAGCUCCUACGAGGAGCACAAGGUGGCCCGGCCCGACUGCUUCGACAUCCUGGUGCCGCUGCGACUCCCACGGGGCCUGAAGCUGGAGCCACACUUCGGCGAGCCGCCGGUGUCCGAUCCGGCGCUCUGCAGCCUGGAGACGCCCCGCCGGUCUGAGUGGGCCAGGCGGCACCGGGCCUUCACCGACACCUUCCUGGUGGUGGAGCGGGUGGAGAACCAGGCAUACCGACUGGCGACGGGCGCAGUGCUGCGCUGGUUCUACAGUGCGGUGCAGCGCUGCAUGUCCGCUGUGCGCUUCCGCUUUGAGCAGCGCUGCGUGCUGGGCUUGGCGCUGCAGGACGACCGCGUGAUCCUGCGCCUCACGCCGCGCUCCGACUACGUCUGCUGCCACAUCUCCAUGUCCGUGCGGCUAAUCCCCGCCCUGCCGGCCGGAGACGGUGCCCACUGGGUGGCGGCCUCCAUGUGUGCCGGCACCCCCCUAUGGACAGCCUACCUGCCGCGGCAGGAGCAGCGGUUGCUUGGGUGGCUAAAAGGCCGGCUGCCCCCCGCAUCCUGCCACCUGAAGUGCCUGCAGAUGGCGAAGGCCGUGAGGGACCUGGGCGGCCAGGUGCUGGGCAGCCGUGAUGGCGAUGACUGGCGGCUCAUCCUCUCCUCCUAUUCGCUGAAGAUGGCGUGGCUCCGCCUGCUCCUAACCACGCCCCCUGAGGCCUGGGAGGAGGGUCGCCUGGUAGAGCGACUGGAAGACCUUCUGCGGUGCGUGCGGGAUGGGCUGCAGCGCCGCAGCCUGGCUCACCUCUUCCUGGGGGGCGAUGCCACACUGCUGCCCGACUUCCUUUCUGUGCCCCGGCCCGUUAGAGGCACGGCGCCCUCCGACUUGUGGGCGCGGUUCAGCCCAGCCACCCUGGACCUAGUAUCUGCCCGGCUGGCCUACUCCUGGACAAAUCUACACCGCCUCAUUCGACUGGGCCGCCCCCAGCGGACCAGCAGUUCCGGGGGGGUCCCCUGCAAGCACGUAGAUUCAGAGUGACCCGGGACGGGCAGCGAAAUACCCAGAUUCAUGCCACAGCACCGCAUGAUGGGGAGGAGCACAUCUUCUGGUACUGGAGCCUCUGGCCCAACUGACUGUAACAGAGCCCAUAUCAUGUGUUACAUGGCGAAACAGGAAGCUGUCAAAAUCGCCAUGGGGCUGGCAACGUAGAAAGCAGGAAGUGAGGGACGAAACAGGAACAUGCGAGACAAGCAAAGCCCUGUCCCUUCCGGAGUCUUCUUCACCUUCCUCAUGUUCCUCUGCAAGGUUGCCACUUUUAUUUAUUAAUGUUAGUGUUUUUAUUUUGGAAAAAAAAAAGGCAGGUGCAAUGAUACUUUUAAAAAAGCAUUCACUCAAAACAGGAACUGCGCAUCAAGUGAUGUGUCUGUUUCUAAUUUAUAGAUUAAGAUCGGAAAACAGAGUUAUUGUUUUAUUUUAAGCACUUAAUGUGAUGGUAUUUUUUGCCUACGGGGAUAACGUUUGGCUGGAUUUUUUGACCUUAUAAAUAAAACAUUUCACACUGAA